AUGCGCACUACGGUGACAGACACAGCGGCGUCUCAGCAGCCGAGCGUAACAAGCGAGACGACAAGAGUUGCGGACACCGCCAGGAAUGCUGGAAACACCGGUCCGCUAUCCCAUGAAGUACCACAAUUCAUCCGGGACCUCGCCAACUCGCGACUGAACAGAGUCAACCGGCAUAGCAGAGCCUCGUCGCUUGUAUCUGUGUCAACCAAGUUCACAAACAGCACCUUCAACGAAGAUAGCAGAAGUAUCGAUCUUGUUAUCGGAGGUCAAUUCUUUCGGAUUGCUCGUGACGGCUCCAGGGUCACGGACUCGGCCCCUCCACCAUACUCGACGAUCUAUGCCAUUGAGUCACAAUCAACGACUUCGCCAUUACUGCCGGCUGUGUCCCCGUCUGCCAGCGUGUUCUCGGUCCAGACUGGGUCAGGUGAAUCCCUAGAUGCGGCAUUUGUAUUAUCCGGAGAUGAGGACGAUGAUUCUGGAUCCGGUGUUGGAGGCUUCACCACGCCGCGACAACAGUCGCCGUCUAGAAGUCCUGACACAGCUAUACGCACCACCAGAGCUUUCUUUGAGCUCGCCACCCCAACGCUCGAAUUCGAUCAAUCGCGUCCUCAGACCGCACUUGCAGUCGAUGAUGAAGUCCCAGAUAGACAUCCUUCAUACAAGUCGGGCAUCGAAGUCCUGAACGUGGUUCCCAGGAGCACGAGAGUCUCGCGUGCAGACGACUUUGCUCGCUCGCCUCCCUUACGACGGCGCAACGGGGUUCGGUUGCCGUCGCUUGACACGUCCGGGCGUCAUUCACUGGGAGCGCCUCCAGGGCGGCACCGAUCGCAGUCUGCUGGGCCUAUACUAGAGCCCAGCCUUCUUGCAGAUAAAUCCGAUGAGCCACGCGACUCGCGACCGGUAGGCCGCCGAGCGUUCACUGCCUUCCCACCAUUAAUGCUGAGUCGAUCUGCCGUCCAGCUUGAUUCCCACGACGAUGAUGACAGUGAAGAGGACUCAAGGCCACCGCAAAUGGAUACCGAAAACGACAUCUCGCUUCAUUACUCUGGGAUGAUGCGAAGACUCGAUAGAGAGCACCGAAAAGACUCUCAGACCAAAGACCGUGAGAUCUCCGUACUGAAACAGCAACUCGACGAGAAAGACCAUGUAUACAGACAGCAAUUCAGAGAGAUGCGCUUCACAAUAGAAGAUCUGCAGCAACAGCUUGAGCAUAUGAAGGACCAGCUUGAGGAAAACGAGAGAACAGUAGAAGCCAGAAUCGAAAGGGCGAUCUUCAAGACGGAAGACACCUGGGAGCAGCGAUGGCGAGACCAAGAGACACUUUAUCGAAAGAGGCUGAAGCAGAUGGAGGAGGAGGCGCAGAAGCAAGCGGACACUCUGCAUCGCGGGGUGGAGCAACCGUCAGGGAACAGUCCCGAUGUUGAAGCAGGGCACGAGGAGGAGCUUACAGGGUCGCCGAAAACUGACACAACUACUGACCAGCACCGCAGCCGCUGGCCUCCGAGCAUUAUGAGCCGUGAACGCAGAUUCAUCUGA